GGCUAUAAAUUACAAAAACCCUUCCCCUCCCUCCUCAGCUUUCCUCCUCCUCCUUCUUCUCCGACCUCCCAACCGAUCUCUCUCUCUCUCUGUUAUCUCUUGAAUCUAAAAUGGGAAGAGGCAAGUUCAAGGGCAAGCCCACCGGUCACCGCCACUUCUCCACUCACGAAGAGAUGGUUGCUGGUACCUCGGCCCGUCCACGUAGCUUUAGAAGGGAAGAAGCUGAAGAGGAGGAAGAAGUGGAGUCUGAAGAGGAAUCAUCAGAAGAAGAAGAAGCAGAAAAGCGGAAGGGUACUCAGGGAAUCAUAGAAAUUGAGAAUCCCAAUCUAGUAAAGCCAAAGAAUGUGAAGGCUAAAAAUGUCGAUCUUGAGAAAACAACUGAACUUUCUAGGCGUGAAAGGGAGGAGAUAGAAAAACAAAAGGCUCAUGAGCGAUACAUGAGGUUGCAGGAGCAGGGAAAAACUGAACAAGCAAAGAAAGAUUUAGAACGUUUAGCCAUGAUUCGCCAACAAAGGGCAGAGGCUGCUAAGAAGCGAGAAGAGGAGAAGGCUGCCAAGGAACAGAAAAAAGGCGAGGGACGUAAGUGAAAUAAGUUAUGGAAAAGCCCAGUAGAUUGACUUGGGCUGCUGCCUUUUCUUCAUGUUUCUGUAUUAUCUGUAUUUCAAGCUAGCUUACAUUUCAAACAAUCUAUGCUUUCUGAUUUAACAAUAGUGUAUGACAAUUGUUAUUUGUUUCGGUAUUCAUGGAAAUAUGGUGUGGCAAUAUACCAAAACAUAUUGUUGGUUAUC